CAUUCCACCAUGUCAGCGUAGCACGCGCCGCAGGAAUAUAGGUUAAAGUGCGCGUGGGGAUGCGCGCGCAGGGCUAGGGAGCAUCUGUCCGCGCGCGCGGAGGUAGAGGAGGCAGGAGCGGAGGAAGAGGACGAUGCUGCUGCUGCGAACCACAGCGACGUGGUGAGGAGGAAGGAGCGGGACCUCGGUGCGCGACCGGCUGAGAGGCUGCAGCUGCGGCGGCGGAGCUCCGGAGGACAGCGGGAUGAGGAAGAGCCACAGCAGACGGGGGAUCCCGGAUUCAGGGACGCCGGCCGGUCCGCAGCCCGAAAAGGCGGGAUGGGUCCGUAAGUUCUGCGGACGGGGCAUCUUCCGGGAGCUGUGGCGGAGCCGCUACGUGGCGCUGAAGGGGGAUCACCUGUACCUGUCCAACAAGGAGGUGCGAGAGGAGAAGGCGGCGCAGGAAGUCUUGGACCUGGCGGACUACGAGCGCGCCGAGGAGCUUCGCAAGGCCAAGAGUCGCAGUAAGAAGAACCACAGCCGCUUCACCGUGCUUCGAUGUCGGCAGCGAGGAAACAAGGUCCCAAACUUGGUGUUCCUCGCUGUGAGUCCGGAGGAGAAGGAGUUGUGGAUAAACGCCAUCAACGUCGGCAUCAUUAAAGCGAAGAACAGGGUGUUCGACGAGGUGACCGUCGAGCAGGACAGCGUGCUGGUGCACCCCACCAGAGACCGAGCCAAAAUCCCACAAGGUCGCCGCCUCCCCACCCGCGGACACUUAACCUCAGCGGUUUCCGCCUCCUCGACUCUGGACUUGGUCGCAGAAGAAGACGGCUACUUCCUUGAGUAUGAUGAUGCGCAGGAGUUCUGGGAGGCCAGUGCUGGUGGGCAGAAGGGCGGGUCAUGCGGCCAGAUGGCAGAGGUUGGAUGUCAGCGGGUGGGAGGGCGCCAGAGGGCCGGCACCGACGUCUCCAAGCUUCAGGCCAAGGCCAAGGAGCCCAAGGUAAAGACAGGAAGUCUGCCACGAGGAACCGAGCGCUUCUUUGGGAAGUAUUCUCACCUGGAAGUGUCGAAGGGGAGCAAGGUCCAGCCGGGGCAGUUCAGAACACCGCAGCCGGGGAAGAGAUCCAACAUGCAAGCCAGGGGACGCUGUUCCUCGCUGGACCAGGUGCUUAAGUCCAGGCCCGCAAUGAUCCGCUCGGAACUGCGCUCGGCCCUGCGUCGCUGCGCCACUGAGGAGGAGGCAGGGGGCGCCGUGGAGCCAGUGGGUCAGCUGCAGAGUCUCAUUGCUCAGCGGAUGCAGCGAGCGCAGGAGCUGCUGGAGGAGAUGCGGCUGCAGGAGCUGCAGAAGGCCAAGUCGGAGAGAGAGUUCCCAAAGAGCGCAGACUCACCGCGGCUGCACCAGCUGAGGGGCACCACAUCGCCAUAUUCCAGCAGAUCUUCGGGCUCCUCUCGCAGCCGGAGCAGCGACUCAGCGCGUCUUCGGGACUCACCUUGUUCCAAAGUCAAGAGGAACCGUUCGCACGGAUCGCGAUCUCCCGCAGGAAAAGCUAGCCACUCCCCCCGACUGACGGACGUCUCAGGCGCCAAGAAUUCCGAUGUCAUCCGCUCGGCCUUGCUGGGCUCUCACCGCCACAGCGCAGAGGACGGAGGCCAGGAGAACGGCGACCCCAACAAGACGUCCAGCGAUGACAAAAUCUCCCCCGAGGAUGUGCAAACGGAGGCGGAGAGGAAACGCGCCGAGGCGGAGCGCCUCCUGGUGGAGGCCGUGUCUUCGUGGAAGGAGGCGCAGGAAGUGCUGCAGGAAGUGAAGGAGCUGCAGAGCCAGACGCUGCGGCGGCAGCGCAGGAGAACCUACGAGAAAAUGGCCACCACGGCCAAGGCCGACGACACGCCGCCGUCCUCCACGUCCCACGAGGACGAGGAGUCCGGGACGCCGUGACCAGCUCACUUGAAGCGCCAGAACUGUGGACGACACCAGCAUCUCCUGAAUCGUUGAGCUCAGCAAUAGUGUAGCAAAAAAAAAAAAAAAAAGCUAGUCAGGAUCCACGAGAAAAAAAACAGCUGCUUCCAAGUCAGAGCUUCCUUUUCUCAGCACGUCAAAUUUCCGAGCCUCUUUUGGCGCCCGAUUAUUUCUUCUCUCACCCACAUCGACGCCGAUCUUCCGCUCACGUGUAGAUUGACCGCACCUUGUGCACAUGAUUAUUACGGCCUAUUUUUGGCGAGACAAAUUUUGUACUCUACAUUUAUACUAUGUCGAUUCUACUAAAACCAGCGAUGAUGCGUUUUUUGUUACCCAGAAGUCUUUGCACUAAACCAGCGCCGCGCACUGCUGCCCUGCGACCAGCAUUUUUGUUACGAUAAAAUAAUAAUAAUAUUAAUAAUAAUUCAGGUCGGAACUUUUUAAGGAAAAACUUUUUCACAAACUGACACCAUCACUGUCUGUGGACGACAUGACGUCGGACUCGUGCGUGUGUUACUGCUAGCGUGUGUUUGUGCAUGAACGUGUGACGUGAUCUGAUCGUAGGACGUUUUGUAUGAAAAAAAAAAUCAUCAGGGAGUUUGUUUCAGUUUGAAUUUUUUUUUAUCAUUAUUGUUAAAGACUGGAAACUGUGAGGAACGAAACGGCGUGGGGAGUGAAUCAACAACUUCCCGCGGCGGUUUGUUUCCACCAAAUCCUCCCGACGCUCAUGACGGUGACGUGAAUCCGACUCGAGCAAGUUUGUGUUGUGAUUUUUAAACGUUUGACUUCUGACGCACUUUUCGAUGUUUGUGUUGGUGGCUGCUUGUUUUCUUCUCGACACCGAGGUGUUCCGUGCGUGUCAUUAAAAACCACUGCGAGCA